AUGGACCAGUUAGUCGAGGCUGCCAAGACGGCUGCGUCUAAUGCAACUACUGUGUAUGUGCCACAUGGAGGUGACCUAUUUAAAGGGUACAAGAAGGAACUCACAGAGCUCUACAAAAGGCUGGACGGGAUUCAGCAAUACCAAAUAUUUUCUAUGGACUCCAGCAAACCCGGUGUUGUGUGCUGCCGCAUGAGCCCUGAGUCGGAGGUUGUAGAGGUGGAUUUGCGUCGUAAGUUCCACGGAAUGUACCAAUCUAUUCGGCCCAACGUUCCUGAUGUAUUCCGCGACGACCCGCUGUACGAGAAGCCGAGUGCCCGACAGGAAGAAAACGCGAAAGCCGCAAAGAAAGCGAGGCGUAUACAAUGUGCUGCAAUGGCUGUAGCAGCCAAACGAAAUUAA